AAGUUCACAGGACAGGGGCCGGGCCUCUGGCGGCAGGAACUGGAGUCGGAGGCUUCCCUACUUCUCGCUCCCGGAGGAGAACCCCAGGCAUGCCUUUCAGUGCCUCGGCCUCUGAACCGUCUCACUUGGGGAAAUCCAGCCGCAGCCCACGGUCACCCGUGCAGGAAUCCAGAUGCCGGCCAAAUACAGCAGCACGCGGGACAUGCUGGACGCUGAUGGAGACACCACGAUGAGCCUGCAUUCUCAAGCCUCUGCUACAUCCCAGCGGCCAGAGCUUGGCCAUACAGAGCGCCGGCGUCCCUGUUCGGCUUGGCGCCCAGUGGCCCUGAUCCUGCUGACUCUCUGUUUGGGGCUGCUGAUUGGCCUGGCCGCGCUGGGGCUUGUGUUUUUUCAGUUCUACCAGCUCUCCAAUACUCAGCAAGACAGCAUUUUGCAAAAGGAGGAAAGAUUGGGGAAUCUCUCCCGACAGCUGCAAUCUCUUCGAACCCAAAACAGGAAACUUGCAGAAACUCUGCAUCACGUGGCUGAGAAACUCUGUCGUGAGCUCUAUAACAAAACUGGAGAACACAGAUGUAGCCCUUGCCCAGAAAAAUGGAAAUGGCAUGGGGACAAAUGCUACCAAUUCUAUAAAGAAAGUAAGAGUUGGCAGGGCUGUGAAUAUUUCUGCAUUGCUGAGAACUCGACUAUGCUGAAGAUAAACACACAGGAAGUGCUGGAGUUUGCCAUGCCUCAGAGCUACUCUGAGUUUUUCUACUCUUAUUGGACAGGGCUAUCCCGAAAUGGCAGCGGCAAGGCCUGGCUGUGGAUGGACGGAACCCCUCACUCCUCCAAACUGUUUGAGGUUAUGAUAGAUUUGACCAACCUGAGAAGCAGGGACUGUGUGACCAUCCUCAAUGGGAAGGCUUUUUCCAAGGACUGCAGAGAGCUGAGACGAUGCGCCUGUGAAAAAGCUGCAGCCAUGGUGAAGGUGCAGAGUCUCCAUGAGCCUCUGAGCCAGAGGUGGAGGUGAACGGUUCUCCAGCUACAACCGCAACUGCAGGCCCCCUUCAGAGAGCUGGAAGCUUCUGCUCUGCAGAACACAACUCUAGACUCUAUAUGCACCUGGCCUAGUGUGGGUCCAGUUUCUAUUUCUGUCCAUUUAGUCCCUGUUAUAUAAAGAAAGCUGAGCGCCGAAGAAUUGAUGCUUUUUUUUUUUUUUGGUGUUGGAGAAGACUCUUGAGAGUCCCUUGGACUGCAAGGAGAUCCAACCAGUCCAUCCUAAAGGAAAUCGGUCCUGGGUGUUCAUUGGAAGGACUGAUGCUGAAGCUGAAACUCCAGUACUUUAGCCACCUCAUGUGAAGCGUUGACUCACUGGAGAAAGCCCUGAUGCUGGGAGGGAUUGGGGGCAGGAGGAGGAGGGGACGAUAGAGGAUGAGAUGGUUGGAUGGCAUCACCAACUCGAUGGACAUGGGUUUGAGUAAACUCCGGGAGUUGGUAAUGGACAGGGAGGCCUGGUGUGCUGCAAUUCAUGGGGUCCCAAAGAAUCAGACAUGACUGAGUGACUGAACUGAACUGAACUGAACUGAAUGCCUUCCAGGUGUUGCUGUGGUUUAGUCGCUAAGUCGUGUACUCUCCCAGGUACUAAAGAUUUAAUAAUAAUGAAUAUAAAUAA